AUGUCUGCCAGUUCAAAUGCCAAAGUGAAUCAGGGGGACUCCGAUGGCUCAUGGGAAUAUGCCCCCGAUUAUCCAAGGUCCCCUCCACCACCGCUGCCUCUUCCAACCUCUUGCGCAAGCGAGGGGGACUCCGAUGAUCCCAUUGUGGAAAUAAAUGAUAUGAAGAACAAACUGGAACACAACUCUUCAUUGGUCCAUUAUUGUACUCAAAAGUGUGUCGAAGCUGAGCAGAAGUUGGCUUAUUUGAUUCGGCAAGUUAACAAAGCCCAUUACAAAAAAGAGAAGCAAAGAAUUUGUGCCCAAAGAAGAAAGCACAAAUCAGAGGAUUUGAAUAUGACAAAGGAGGAUGCUACGUACGAAUCUUUGAGCAUCCACAAAGGAGGCGACAACCAAGGCCAGGCAAUGUCUGUGGCUUUCAACGAAGAUGUCCACAAAGAUAUUGACUGGGACGCCAUAACCCCGUCUGCUGCACAGGAAAUCAUCUCCAGUGGUGCACACCCAACAUAG